AUGGUAGCCACCACCGCUGGCGGCUGGCUCCCCCCCCGCCUCCCAACCCCCUUUGUCUACCCAUCCUCAUCAGUAGGGACCUCAACCUCGUCGAGCGGUCGCGGCGGUGUCUACACCGAACUCAACAGAAGCCAUUCCUCUCCCUCUCCCCACCCAUCAACCCCCACGCCUGAACCUGACAACAACUCGAGGGGGUUUCUACUACCGGAAUCAGAACCAAGGAUACCACCCCGAAAACCGAUAAUCAUGAACGGCAGAGAAAAAGACCGGCAUCGCAACUUCCCGCCUGCGGCGCCGAAAUCGUGGAUAAAGUACAUUAUCUUGGUCACGGUACUGCUAGCAAUGGACGGGAUCAUCUCCCUUGCGCUCGUCUCAUCAACCGUGUCUUUUCUCCAUAACUACGGAAAGGGACCCUUCGAGAUAGGCUACCCGUUGGGUGUGUCUGGCUUCCUGCUCUCGGGACACCCGGCCGGGUUGGUGACGAACCAUGGGCAUGCUGUCAAUGCGGCGGGUGGGACGGCGGUGGUGGUAGUUGGGGGAGGGGGGGUGUUGGGCUUGUGGGGGUUGUGGAGGUUUCAUUCGCGGAGGAGAAAAGACUAUGCAAACUACACUCGUUCCCCACUGCCCAAGGUUUUUCAGGCCUGGGCUGUUGUUGUGGUCUUGUCGUUUUUGCUUUCGCUUGGGGCGUUGGCGUACACUUUUGUCGAGACGAGGCGGACGAGCGGGCAGAGUAUUGAUCCGAAUGUGGCCGAGGAGUACCAGUUUCCGCGGUUGUAUCCUGAUGAUAGGUGGACGCCCGAGACUUGGUUUGAGGGUGUGAUUGCGUUGCCGAUGGAGAAUUCGAGGGAUGAGGAGGUGAUUAGGGAGAAGCUGAGGUUGAUGAGGGGGUGGAAAUGGAAUACUAUUCCCAUGUUUCUGCUUGGGUUGACAUUGGUAGGGUUGGUGGUGAGGGAAGUGGUGGUGUUUGGAGGGUGGGUGUCUAAGGGGAGGAGGGUGAGGGAGGAGAAGAGACAGGAGGAGUUGGGGAUGGCAGGGUUGAAUGGGAUGAGUGGAUAUAGGGGAGUUGGGGAUGGGCCGUUAUGA